GGUGAUUGAAGCGAGAAGAGCAUAGGCAGCAAUUGCGCAUAUGUCCGUGACCGAUAACCUUCCCGCCGAUAGCCACCCCGAGAGGCGGGUUAAGGCCUCUUUCAAGGUUGCUGCUGAGUGAUCACAAUAUGUUACUAUGGGCAGAGAUGCAUUUGUGGUAUAUAUGAACUUGUGUGGAUUUCUGCCCUACUAUAUGUGCAGAGUCUUCUCAGUGCUUAAAACUGAAUGAAAAUAGUUUUAUUACUGUUCAAGAUCCUACCUCUUUUGUUUAGCUUUUAGCUACGGUUCGUUGCCAUCCAUUCUUUUGAUUUCGCUAAGGGUGGAAAAGAUUGAUGUACACGUAGAGAGAUAUAACUCAUAGUACUUGGUGUGGAAGAACUACGGAUUAAGUCGCAAAGAUAAGAUAGAUCUUUUGGAAGGUUUACAUUUCUCUACUUGUGGAUUGAGGAAGAUUGUUACAUGAUAUGCAUGUGUGACUAAAACAAUAACUUUAGGCUUGCUUUUGAACUCUCUACUGCACGCUAUUUAAAGUUUUGAAGUCAAUAUAAUGCCGUUAGACAGAUUGUUAUUGCUUAUUAACGUGAAAGUCUACUAGCCCUGGGAUGAAGAUAAUGGCUUUUGCAGAGAAUGUUGUUUCAAUGACUGUAAAGGGUCUGAGGAAGCUUGCUUACUGCAAUUUCGAUGCAGUAAGUUGAUGAAAUGUAUUCAUCUUGAAGUGUAGGGAUUAUAUCCUCUUUCAUCUAUUUAAUCUUCUGUGUCUUUUGGUUAAAUGCUGAACAUCAUAAAAGCAUGUUGGAAUGGGCUUAUUUGAAGAUGCUUUACUUUGAAAUACCAUUUGGUUCUGUCAGUUAGAGAAUAUGGUGCUCAUCGAACACCAUUGUUUCAGUAGGCUAAGUCCAAUUGUGGUUGAAUGACCCUCGUUAUUUCUUAGUGUGCAUUGACUGCUUUCUUUUAAUGACGAUUCCAUGUUGAUGGUUAAUUUCUUACUUGUGACUGAUGGAAAAGUGGGCACGGCUUCCUUUUUUAACUUCUAGGGAUGAACUGAACAACAAGGCUCCUUCCAUCAGCAAAUUGAUGUUCUCAUGAUGUGACAUUCAGCAAUUCAGUGGAUUUUCAUAUGAUGCAAUAACUAUUGUUUUAUGGUACUAGAAAUCCGCUCUUCUUUAUGAUAUAAUUGACUGAUUCUCAGGUCAGGUGGUAAGAUAUAGUAAUUGUUUUAAACAUGCAUUGUCUUCAAAAUUUCAGCGAAUCUUGUGACUUCUAGUCAAGCAUAAUUGCUGGAAGGAAUAUUGUUCAUUGUUGAUAUUGUGAUUUCUUGUACAGGAGGCGAAACCCCAAAGGGAUUCUAAGCAGAUCAAACCCUAAAUCUGACCUUAUAGUUUAAGCCCACAGGUAAGUUUGUUUUGAGUUGGAUUAAUUUAUAUAAAACUAAAUUCAGAUUUUAAAAUUUUGUGUCAUUUUCAUUUGGAUCAAUUUUCGAUUCACGUUGUUGAGGGUUCUAAGUGUUUCCAAUUUAAGUUGUUUUGAACUCAAGUCAUUCGCUUUUGAGUUUUGAAAUUUGAGGUUCAAGAUUUUAGGAUUGUAUCAUUAUAAGUUCAAAUCAGGUUCUAGUUAUUGUAAGUUUGGAUUUAUCUUGAUAGGUAGUCUUGAGUUUAGUCAGUUGAUUUUUUAAAAUUACAAUUAUACUUAUCCCUUUUACCAUCUGAGAUAAAUAUUAAUUAAGUCGAGGUGGUAUUUAAGUAAAAUCCUCAUUAAUUUUGAGUUAAUUUUAUUAAUUUAUUAGUAUAAAAUCAAAUUUGAUUGGAUUUAAAUUUAUAUUUAUCAUGUCGGGUUUCAUAUUUGGGUCAAAAUGGAUGAGGCAGUUUGUGAAAUUGCCCCUUCAUUUGAAACUAGUCUAGUUCUAUAUUCCUCAGCCAAAAGAAAAUAAAAAGACUAAUAAAACAAUUUUGGUGGACAAGAUCAAAGACACCAAUAUUAUUGUCCUAACCCACAAGGCCUAAAAACCACAAAAAAAAAAAACAAAAAAAAAACAAAAAGGAUGGCGUUUCUUAUCCCAAAAUCUCCCAUCCUCAAGAUUACACUCACUGUGGACCAUGCUUGUGCCACUUCACAUUUCCUUCAACUCUCCAAACUCACUUCCCUUUCACCACACGGUCUCUCAAACAUGGAAACUCUCCUCUUAAACCAAACACUAUGCCGUCUCGACCUUUCCCCUAAACCAAAACGCCCACUGUGUAUUGCUCCUCAGAUCUUCCACUUCAAACCCAACAAAAGCUUUGCCCUCUUUGCUGUCCAAAAUCAAGAAAGGGACUUCCAAGAAACAGGGAACACACUCCAAGCGGACGUCAGCGAUGAAUCCUUCAGUGAAGUCAGUAAAAUCAUCGGCAGCAGAGCAGUCCCCGGCGGGAAAGCCAUGGAGUAUUUAAUAGAAUGGAAAGAUGGUCACGCUCCUUCAUGGGUUCCACAAGAUUUUAUAGCUAAAGACGUGGUGGCGGAAUACGAAACCCCAUGGUGGACAGCGGCCAAAAAAGCCGACGACAAGGCGUUGGCUGAACUUUUAGCAGUGGAGGAUGAUUGGCGCGACGUGGAUGCUGUAGACCCAGAUGGUAGAACAGCUCUUCUGUUUGUAUCCGGUCUUGGGUCAGAACCGUGUGUUAAGGUCUUAGCUGACGCCGGAGCUGAUAUUAACCACCGUGAUAACGCCGGUGGGUUAACAGCUCUUCAUAUGGCAGCCGGGUAUAUAAAACCCGGUGUAGCUAAACUGUUGUUGGAUUUCGGGGCGGAUCCCGAAAUCGAAGACGACAGAGGUUUAACACCUUUAGCUUUAGCUAAAGAGAUUCUAAAAGUAACACCCAAAGGAAAUCCAAUGCAGUUCGCUAGAAGAUUGGGGCUUGAAAGUGUGGUAAAAACAUUAGAGGAAUCGAUAUUUGAAUACGCUGAGGUUGAAGAAAUAAUGGAGAAGAGAGGGAAAGGUGAGAACUUGGAGUACUUGGUGAAAUGGAAAGAUGGUGGUGAUAAUGAAUGGGUUAAAGCUAAGUUUGUGGCGGAGGAUUUGGUGGCGGAUUUCGAGGCGGGGUUGGAGUACGCGGUGGCGGAAGGGGUGGUGGGGAAGAGGAUGGGGGAUGAUGGGAAGAAUGAGUAUUUGGUUAAAUGGAUUGAUAUGGAACAACCUACAUGGGAGCCUGAGGAGAAUGUGGAUCCUGAAUUGAUAAAGGAAUUUGAUGAUGCAAGUCAAGGGAAUGGUGGGGUUGUGAAGAACAAUGGGGAAUCAAGUGAUGUUUCAUGAAAAUUUCUCAUCAUAUAGUGUUUAUAUAGCAUUUUUGUGUUUGUAAUUUUUGUUUUUGUCAAUGAGGAGGUUUAUUAUGUGUUGAUUGGAAGUGUAAAAGUUCAAAACUUUGAUCACUUGAGCUUAAAAUGAUUAACUGCAUUGGUUCUCACCAAAAAAUAGUGACAACAUUUGAAAUAUCAUAGUUUGGUCCAGCAUCACGAAUGAUAAAAUUGAAGUUUAAAUCUUCAACUUUGGGCUGUGAGUAAGUGUUAUUUUGUACAUCCUCUUUUGUUCAUGAUGUAGUUUACAUCUUGUGUUAUUAUUGUAUCGAUUGUUUAUAUUUGACGAGUUUAAGAGAAGAAAGUAAUAUUUAUAUAAUAGCUACGUGUUAGAUUUAAAA